UUACAUGUAGAAGAUUAAUAUAUCUAUAAAACAAACGUAUUGUGAAUUUAUAAUUGUAAUAGUAUAUUUACUAAUUAAUGAUGGUUAUUAUUAAGAGUGCUAUGUAAUUUUAGUUUUCCUAUUAAUUUUUACACUUUUAUUGUUGUUGAAAUGUACACACUUUUUACUUAUACAUAAGCGCCUACCUUUUACUUAUACAUAUACAUAAGCAUACAAUAUAGAAUAUAUUUUUCUUUUCAAUUUGUGCUAUAUACACAUACAUAUAUACAAUCAUGGCUAGUGUAUCAUAUCAAAUAGCUAAUCUGCUUGAAAAGAUGCAGUCUAGUGAUAAAGACUUUAGAUUCAUGGCAACAAAUGAUUUGAUGACUGAAUUGCAAAAGGACAGCAUCAAAUUAGAUGAUGACUCCGAAAGGAAGGUUGUUCGAAUGCUGUUGAAGCUGCUUGAGGACAAAAAUGGAGAGGUUCAGAACUUAGCUGUUAAAUGUUUAGGUCCUUUGGUCAACAAAGUGAAGGAGUACCAGGUGGAAACUAUUGUGGAAUCCUUGUGUACAAAUAUGAUUUCAGAUAAGGAACAACUCCGUGAUAUUUCCAGCAUUGGACUCAAAACUGUGAUUGGGGAGUUACCACAGGCUCCUGGUGGUUUAUCAGGGAACAUAUGCAAAAGGAUUACUGGAAGGCUCACUACUGCCAUCGAAAGACAGGAAGAUGUCUCAGUUCAAUUGGAAGCCUUAGAUAUUGUAGCUGACUUGCUGCAACGUUUUGGAAGUGUACUGAGUACUUUUCACGGCUCCAUACUCAAUGCUCUUUUGCCACAAUUGGGUUCUCAACGUCAGGCCGUUAGAAAACGUACCAUAGCGGCUUUAAGUAAUUUGGUGUUGUCCUGCAACAACACUCUUUAUGUUAAGUUAAUUGAUCAUCUGUAUGAGGGCAUGUGCACUGACAAGAACAACUCGCAGAUUCGUACUUAUGUACAGUGCAUUGCAGCCGUCUGCCGUCAGUCUGGUCAUAAGUUCGGAGAACAUAUCGAUAAGUUCGUGCCCUUGAUUCUGCAAUGCAGCAACGUGGACGACGACGAGCUUAGAGAGUUUUGUCUGCAGUCCUUCGAGAGUUUUAUUCACCGCUGUCCCAAAGAGAUCACUCCGAACAUCCCCGCAAUAACACAACUGUGUCUUAAGUUCAUGACGUACGAUCCGAACUACAAUUACGAUGAGGAUGAAUCGUCGAGCAACGACGACGAUCAGGAAUUCGAUGAGGACGAGGACCAGGAAGAAGACAACGAUGAGUACAGCGACGACGACGAUAUGAGUUGGAAGGUGCGAAGGUCGGCCGCCAAAUGUCUCGAAGCCAUAAUAUCCACGCGACACGAACUACUUCCCGAGUUUUAUAAAGCCCUUUCUCCUGCCUUGAUAGCACGUUUCAAGGAAAGGGAGGAGAACGUUAAGUCCGACAUAUUCCAUGCGUAUAUAGCCCUGCUGAAACAGACAAGAGCCACGGUCAAUGUUUCCAAUUUGGAUCCGAAUGCGAUGGUGAUGGACGAUGAGAGCGAAGACACGCCGAUGAUCAUGCUUCAGCAACAAAUAGAUAUGAUCGUGAAAGGCGUGCAGAGUCAGAUGCGAGAGAAGAGCAUGAAAACGAGACAAGACUGCUUCUCGCUGCUGAAGGAGGUGUGCGCGGUGCUUCCGGGUGCUUUGAGCGCCCACAUCGGUGACUUGAUUCCAGGCAUUUUGUACUCGUUGGGCGAAAAGAACGCCAGCAGCAACAUGAAGAUUGACGCCUUGUCCUUCAUUUUCUGUUUGCUGACGACGCAUCCACCGGCCGUCUUUCAUCCUCACAUCCACAUUUUGUUGCCCCCUGUUAUCAAUGCGGUCGGCGAUGGCUUCUAUAAAAUCACAGCCGAGGCAUUGAAUGUGUUACAAGAGUUGGUCAAGGUGAUCAGACCGUUGUCAGGCAGUGGCGGAGGUGCCAUGGCCACCGAAUUUGAUUUUACUCCGUUUACAAAGGACAUUUACGCGUGCACUUUGGAAAGAUUGAGGACAGCAGACAUAGACCAAGAGGUGAAAGAGAAAGCGAUCUCGACGAUGGGACAGGUGAUAUGCAAUCUGGGUGACCAUUUGAAGGCCGAAUUACCCCAUUGCUUCCCACUAUUUUUGGACAGACUACGUAAUGAAAUUACUAGGUUAACUACCGUAAAAGCCCUCACCAAAAUUGCCGGCUCCCCCCUGUGCAUCCCGCUGCCAAUUCUGAAUAACGCCAUUCCAAUUUUGGGACAUUUCCUCAGAAAAAACCAACGAGCUCUUAAACUUAGCACUUUGCAACUGAUAGACUGUGUCAUCAAAAAUUAUCACGACUUCAUAGACGUUGAUCUGUUACAAAGCACCGUAAUCGUCGAGGUCCCACCACUGUUGGACGAAGCCGACUUGCACAUAGCCCAGUGGACUCUGGUGAUACUCAAGUCGGUGGCCGAACACCAUCCGCGGGCUUUAAAAGACGUGGCCACCACCAACAUCCUCCCACAAGUAAUGGUUCUAGUCAAGUCACCGCUCCUCCAAGGAUCCGGACUCCAAGCUAUGUUGCGUUUCUUCAAGUCCCUCGUUAAAUGCAACCUUCCGGGACUGUCGUACGAGGCCUUGCUCAGAAUGCUACUCCAACCUAUUUCGAGUCUGACCAACACCAACAAACAGCAGCAACAGCAACAACAACAAGCUACUUUACAGCAACACAACAAACAAGUCACACUGCAUAAACAGGCGUUUUAUUCGUUGGCGAAAUGUGUGGCGGCGAUCACAGUCACUUGCCACUCGCAGGCUCUGCCUUUUAUACCGCAGUUCAUCCAUGAAAUACAGAAUGCCCACAGUGACUCGCAGCAGAUAUUUGCGUUGUUGGUAGUGGGAGAAAUUGGACGGGAAAUAGACCUUACUUCAGUUGCCAAUUUGAGACAAGUAAUACUGAACUCCUUCUCCGCCGUAUCCGAAGAAGUGAAGUCGGCAGCUAGCUACGCAUUGGGAAGCAUCUGCAUAGGUAAUCUUCAGUUGUAUCUGCCCUUCAUACUGAAAGAGAGCCAGGAUUCGCCUAGGAAACAGUACUUGUUGCUCCACUCGCUAAAAGAAGUGAUCACCUGCCUCGCACAAACACCGGAAGGUAUUCAACAGCUGCUGCCGUUCGUGCCGGCAAUCUGGCAGCAACUGUUCAGGCACUGCGAAUGCAGCGAAGAGGGCACACGGAAUGUGGUCGCCGAAUGUCUGGGCAAGCUCACAUUGAUAGAUCCGCCGCAUUUGUUGCCGAAGCUGAAACGUUCUCUGGUUUCACCGUCGCCGCUGAUGAGGACGACCGUGGUAACAGCAGUGAAAUUUACGAUUUCCGACCAGCCAUCCACCAUCGACCCGUUGCUGAGGCAGUGCAUUGGGGAGUUCUUGAACACUUUGCAGGAUCCCGAUUUGAAUGUCAGAAGAGUCGCCUUGGUGGCCUUUAAUUCAGCCGCCCAUAAUAAGCCGUCUUUGAUCAGGGAUUUGCUGGACACCACGUUACCCCAACUGUACAGCGAAACAAACGUCAAAAAAGACUUGAUCAGAGAGGUGGAAAUGGGACCUUUCAAACACACGGUCGACGAUGGAUUGGACAUAAGAAAAGCAGCGUUCGAAUGCAUGUACACUUUGUUAGAUUCAUGCUUAGACAGAAUCGACAUAUUCGAUUUUAUAAACCACGUGGAAUCCGGCCUGAAGGAUCAUUACGACAUUAAAAUGUUAACCUAUUUAAUGGUAGCUCGACUUGCUCAGAUUUGUCCCGGAGCUGUGUUACAAAGACUUGACAGAUUGGUUGAACCCUUGAAGGCCACAUGUACUAUGAAAGUGAAAGCUAAUUCAGUUAAACAAGAAUAUGAGAAACAGGACGAAUUGAAGAGAUCCGCUUUACGUGCCGUGUCAGCUCUACUUAAUAUUCCUGAUGCAGAGAAAAAUCCACAUUUGAAUGAGUUCAUAAGCCAAAUAAAGAAUUCUCCAGACUUGCAACCAAUAUUCGAGUCAAUCCAAAAAGACUCAUCAAGCAAUCACACCGACUGUUUUCUAAUGGAUCAAAGUUAAAUUAUUACGAUAUAUCAGUUCUAUUUGUUUUUUGAAAGUUAAUUGUAUUCAGUUAUUGUCACAUAAUAUUGUUUAUUGAAUCUCGAUUUUAUUGAAUUGCUGUUUGAAGAGCCAUGUGUUAUGAAUUAUGAAUUGGGGAGCCACAUGUUAUAAUCAAUACGUCAUAUUGUUUCUAAAAAUAAUAAUUUCACUUUAUUAAUUAGUUUUUUAAUCUUGUUAAAAAUAGUAAUAAAAAUGAAUUCAUUAAAGUUUGUUUUAAAGUGAUAA